UUCAACCCCAAAGCACACUCUAGAAAGCAAACCAUCCCCUUCUCUCCUCUAAUAAUGGCAAUUACACUCAAUUGAAUUUCGAGAUUCAUUUAUUUUACUCUCUAAGUAGUUACUACGCUUCUCCUUCUUUUUGAAUGGCCUGAGAAAAUUCUAGCUUGUGCUUGUCCGCCUUUGUUUUCUUCUCCUUGUAGUAUUUUUUUUUCUUUUUUCUUUUUUCUUUUUUUUUAAAUAUUGUACAUUGCGUUCUUAUCUAAUAGCUUGUCCUGUUAUCUUUUUCUUGCGUUAAUCGAUUUGGGCAGUUGCGUGUUCGGUUUCUCCGAAGAAACUUGGCAGUUUUCUUUCUCUCUCUUAUUAUAUAUCUAUAAUCUAUAAUAUAUAUAUCUAUCUCUAAAUAUUAACAUAAAAAUUUCAUUUUCUCACGUUUUUCUUACUGUUUCAAAAUCCACAGACAUCAGGGUGAAAAUUUCGGAGUCGGUUACAUCUACCCCAAAAACACAAACAGCCGCGUUGACGGCGGCGUUCUCGCUUCCACGAAGUUUUCCACAAAUUCAGCAACCGACACUGGAAAACCCUCAUAAAAAAUAACCCCAAAUUCCAGAUUUGAACAUUGUUAUUCAAUUUGAAAGAUUGCAAAUUUGUUUGAUGGGAGGAAAGAGUUCAACGGAAUCCGGUGGAAGAAGCUUCAAUCGAAGGUCUUCGUUCCAAGAUCGGAGCUUUUCGCAGCAGCAGUCAUGGAAUCAAGCUCCGAGUUAUCAGGCUUAUCCUCCUCCUCAGUCUCCGGCGUCAACGCAAAGCUUUGAUUCUUAUUCUCAGCCUUAUGGGUAUCCCCCACCUCAGGCGUACCCGCCGCCGCCUCAGCCCCACCCUCCGAAGCAGACUUCUUCUGCAUCGAGGCCACGGCCGAGGUUGGAUAGGAGGUAUUCACAGAUUGCCGAUAACUACAGAUCCCUCGAACAGGUUACUGAGGCUCUUGCACAAGCUGGUCUGGAGUCUUCAAAUCUUAUUGUUGGCAUUGACUUCACUAAGAGCAAUGAAUGGACAGGUAAACAUUCAUUCAACAACCGCAGCCUUCACUACAUUGGUGAUGUUCACAAUCCUUAUGAACUAGCAAUCUCUAUCAUUGGUAGAACACUGUCAGCAUUUGAUGAAGAUAAUUUGAUCCCUUGCUUUGGUUUUGGAGAUGCAAGAACACAUGACCAAGAUGUUUUUAGUUUCUUUCCUGAUGAAAGGCCAUGCAAUGGUUUUCCGGAGGCUCUGUCACGAUACAGAGAACUUGUGCCACAGAUAAGAUUGGCUGGGCCAACAUCAUUUGCUCCCAUAAUUGAGAUGGCUAUGACUAUUGUUGAACAAAGUGGAGGGCAGUAUCAUGUUCUGGUGAUAAUUGCUGAUGGACAGGUUACAAGGAGUGUAGAUACAGAGUCUGGUCAGCUAAGCUCCCAAGAACAGAAGACUGUUGAUGCUAUUGUAAAGGCUAGUGAAUUUCCUUUGUCAAUUAUUUUAGUUGGAGUUGGGGAUGGUCCUUGGGACAUGAUGAAGGAAUUCGAUGACAACAUUCCUGCCAGAGCCUUUGACAAUUUCCAGUUUGUAAAUUUUACAGAGAUCAUGUCGAAAAAUGUUCCUCAAACCAAGAAGGAGACAGAGUUUGCUCUUUCAGCACUAAUGGAAAUACCUCCACAAUACAAAGCAACAGUAGAACUUGGUAUCUUGGGACACAGGACAGGAAAAUCUCCAGACAGAGUUGCUCUUCCACCACCAGGUGGAAGUUAUGGUGCCCCUUCCCUGAGCUCUAAAUCUUUUGGAACAGAAAGUUAUCCCCAACAGAGCACAUCAUUUUAUCCCGAAUAUAAACCUCCAGAAAGUACUGCUCCACCUGUUGCUCCUUCAUUGGAUGAUCAACAGGUUUGCCCAAUCUGCCUUACAAAUCCGAAGAAUAUGGCCUUUGGCUGUGGACACCAGACAUGCUAUGAAUGUGGACCUAACCUUCAGGCAUGCCCUAUCUGCCGAAGUGAAAUUGUGACGAGAAUACGGCUAUAUUGAUCUGGAAUGCAUUUAUGCAGUGAGAUUUUAUGUUCUUCUCUGUUGUGGGGUCGUAAAUUUCUUCAACCCAUUUGCGGUAGUUUUUCUUGUACAUUUAUUCUGCUUGUACAUUGAAUAGAUAGAAAAGAAUUCGAAGAGAGUCUAUGGAAAGAAUCUUGUUGUUUGCAGUAAUCAGACAGCUGAAGAUGGUCGAAAACCUCUUAAGGUUGAUGAGUUGCUGGCUGGUUUCCUUUCAGGUUGAUAAAUUCUGGGGUCCGAAUAUCAAGGGCUUUAUAUGUUGGAAUCAAAUCAUUCUUUAUCCUUGUCCAAAUUCUGUUGCGUUUGGUGUCUGAAUGUGCGUGAAAUGUGUGCAAUUAAACACGUUGCAUGUAGUAUCUGGUCGAAUGUAGUUAGUUUUGACCGAGGUGUUUCCUUAUGAUAAAUAUUUAUCAUGCGUUUGUAUAUGCUUCUGCAUUUUCAUAUUCUUUUCGGAUAGUUGAAGCUUUCCCUUUUGUACUUUUCCAAGUGUAUGUGCAACUCUUAAAAGAUUUUCAAGUACUUUAUUUUUUUCCC